AUGACGUCUUCAUCCGCGGCUCCGGGACAAGGGCACACUCACUACACUAUCCUGGGUAUAAGUCGCAAACUCGUCCAGGAACAGUCAACGACGGCGGGGCCGCAGCAAAUCAUCAAACGGGCCUACCACCGCGCCCUCCUCCAAAACCACCCAGACAAAUACCCACAACUCAAGAGUACUCCUGCCACCAGCACAACCACCCGAGCACCCUCUUCUUCUGCUUCUGCCGCCACCUUUUCAAUCGACCAAAUCUCAUCAGCCUACAAGGUCCUCUCGGACCCAAAACAAAGGGCAGAAUACGACCGCGCCCUGGACCUGGCGCCCAACAACCAAGGUCUCCAGCGCGGCGACGGGGACGAGGAAAAGGCCUUUCAGACGGGUAUCGAGGUCAUCGACCUCGACGAUCUCGAAAUCGAAGAGCCUCCGUCAGACGAUCCCGAGGCAGAGUGCAGCUGGUACCGCAGCUGCCGGUGCGGCAACCCGCGCGGCUUCCUCUUUACGGAGGCAGACCUGGAAGAGGCGGGCGAGAACGGGGAGCUGCUCGUCGGCUGUCAGGAUUGUAGUCUUUGGAUGAAGGUGCAUUUUGCUGUGGUCUCGGAUGAUUGA